UACGGGUACCAGUCGAAGAUUUGGGCUCAGCGAAUAUUAUCUGCAUGCGCAUGCUGCCCUCUACAUUUCGAAGUUGUAAAGUGGAGUUGAAAAUUUUGUGUAAAAUCAUGGAGAAAAUGGAAGUAGAGGAGUCUGGCCGCAAGGAUGGCAUUCAGCGAUAUUACAUCACAAAGAUUGAAGAGCUUCAGAUGGUUGUCACCGACAAGACACAGAAUCUGAGGAGAUUGGAAGCUCAGAGAAAUGAACUCAAUGCAAAAGUUCGUAUGCUGAGGGAAGAAUUACAGCUUCUACAAGAACAAGGCUCUCAUGUAGGAGAGGUGGUCAAAGCUAUGGACAAGAAGAAAGUUCUAGUCAAAGUGCAUCCAGAGGGCAAGUUUGUAGUUGAUAUCGACAAAUCAAUCGACAUCAAUGACGUCCAACCUAAUUGCAGAGUAGCCUUACGUAACGAUAGCCACACACUACACAAAAUUCUCCCGAAUAAGGUUGACCCUCUGGUUAGUUUGAUGAUGGUAGAGAAGGUUCCUGAUUCAACCUACGAGAUGGUUGGUGGUCUAGACAAACAGAUCAAAGAGAUUAAAGAGGUCAUUGAACUCCCGGUCAAACACCCAGAACUCUUUGAUGCCUUAGGUAUCGCUCAACCAAAGGGAGUACUGUUAUACGGUCCCCCAGGCACAGGGAAGACACUGCUAGCCAGGGCUGUAGCUCAUCAUACAGAGUGCACCUUCAUACGAGUAUCGGGAUCUGAACUAGUCCAGAAGUUCAUUGGAGAAGGUUCAAGGAUGGUCAGAGAACUCUUCGUCAUGGCUAGAGAACAUGCUCCGUCUAUCAUCUUCAUGGAUGAGAUUGAUUCCAUUGGUUCGACCCGUAUCGAGGGAAGCUCCGGGGGAGAUAGUGAAGUCCAGAGAACUAUGUUAGAACUUCUCAAUCAGCUAGAUGGAUUUGAAGCUACAAAGAACAUCAAGGUCAUCAUGGCAACAAACCGAAUCGACAUCCUUGACUCUGCGCUCCUCAGACCUGGUCGUAUCGACCGAAAGAUUGAGUUCCCUCCACCAAACGAAGAGGCACGUCUUGACAUUCUGAAGAUCCACUCCCGUAAGAUGAACCUGACUAGGGGUAUCAAUCUCAGGAAGAUAGCUGAACUCAUGCCAGGUGCUUCAGGGGCUGAGGUCAAGGGUGUAUGUACAGAGUCUGGCAUGUAUGCACUCAGAGAAAGGAGAGUUCACGUAACACAAGAAGACUUUGAGAUGGCCGUCGCAAAGAUUAUGCUCAAGGAUUCCGAGAAGAACAUGUCCAUCAAGAAAUUCUGGAAGUAGAUUCCCAAGCCAGCAUGAAACAAGUAGAAUAGCAUUGGGACCAGCUUAACAUCACCAAGGAAAUGAGAAGAGAAAGAGAAAAAGAGAGAGAGAGAGAGAGAGAGAGACACACACACAAAGAGAAAGAGAGUGAGAGAUAAGUGGAGAGAGAAGGUAGAUAGAGAGAGAGAGAGAGAGAGAGAGAGAGAUAGAGAGAGAGAGCAGUAUAUAGACCUAUAGAGAUUAAACAUGAAGCGAUGAUUCAAGCUGAGUAUUCUGUUAUUCAAUUCUGUUUUGUAAUUCGAGAUGUUAUUUAUCUAGUCUUUAGUAUAUACUAAAUGUUGGAUGAAAAAUUGAUCUCUGCAGUGGCAUGCUUCAGAAUUCUCAACUCAGAGUUGAUUUCUUUUAGGAUGUGACUGUAACCAAAAUAUCCCUGUUAGAAUUAAAAUUUAUUUUGGUUUAAAUCUUGAUUUACAGAGGUAGCCGUAUGAAUUUGACAUAUGGUAAAGUAAUAUGUAAAGACUCAACAUGCAAGUGCAUUAUUUUGAGAUUUAAGUUGAACAUUCCUCUACCAGAAGCUACUCAAGGUUUGUUCACACGUGCCCAAGGAAACCGUGUACUGGUAUGGGGAUUAAAAGGUAGCUGCUUGCAACAAUGGUCCAAUGUGUUAUCAGCAUAUACGAACAAGCCUUUAAAGCCCCAAUGCACUACUUGUAGCUACUUGCGCCCUCUAUAAAGCAAACAACGCCUAAGCGGUGACCGUUGGUUCCCCAUGAUCCUCUUUCUCUUAUGUUAAUUGAGAGCUGAUUUGAUCAGAUAACCACCUGUCAGUGACCAUGCAGGGAGGUCUAAUCCCUCCUGGCCAAACUAGUGCAGAUGGGAUUUAAGUAUACAAUACUGUUAUGGAUUUCCUUGUACACUGUAUUUUAGUUAAGGGGGGGGGGGGGAGGGGGGAUAUAAAUCUUUCUUCAGAUUUGUUUGUAACUUAUUGCAACUACAUCAGUCAAGAUUACAAUUUUGUAUAUAUAAGGUAAGGGUCAGAAUGCAGUAUCAAUUAAUGCAUGUUGUGAUGUUCAGAUAAUUCAUUUGUAAUCAUUUUCCAAGUUUACAUGUACAUGUAUGUAAUAAAAUGUUCCAAACAUGAACUGAAUGUUAAAAAUAAA